UCCUGGGUGCAGCGGGCGAGGAGCGCGCGGGACGGCGGCGCGGGGACGGCGCACCUGGCGGGCCCGCAGGCCGGGCGUGGGCGGCGACAUGGAGGACGGCGUGCUCAAGGAGGGCUUCCUGGUGAAGAGGGGUCACAUUGUCCACAACUGGAAGGUGCGAUGGUUCAUCCUCCGGCAGAACACGCUGCUGUACUACAAGCUGGAGGGGGGUCGGAAAGUGACCCCUCCCAAGGGCCGGAUCGUUCUGGAUGGCUGUACCAUCACCUGCCCCUGCCUGGAGUAUGAAAACCGUCCGCUCCUCAUUAAGCUGAAGACUCGAACAUCCACGGAGUACUUCCUGGAGGCCUGUUCUCGAGAGGAGAGGGACGCCUGGGCCUUUGAGAUAACAGGGGCUAUUCACGCUGGGCAGCCAGGGAAGGUCCAGCAACUGCACAUAUUGAAAAACUCCUUCAAGCUGCCCCCUCACAUCAGCCUGCAUUGCAUUGUGGACAAGAUGCACAACAGUAGCAGCGGAAUCCGGUCAAGCCCAAACAUGGAGCAGGGAAGCACCUACAAAAAGACCUUCAUAGGCUCCUCCAUGGUGGACUGGCUCAUCUCCAACAGUUUUGCAGCUAACCGUCUGGAGGCUGUGACCCUGGCCUCUGUGCUCAUGGAAGAGAACUUCCUAAGGCCAGUAGGCACCCGAAGCAUGGGAGCCAUCCGCUCAGGGGAUCUGGCCGAGCAGUUCCUGGAUGACUCCACAGCCCUGUAUACUUUUGCUGAGAGCUACAAGAAGAAGAUAAGCCCCAAGGAAGAAAUCAGUCUCAGCACCAUGGAGCUAAGUGGCACAGUGGUCAAACAAGGCUAUCUGGCCAAGCAGGGGCACAAGAGGAAAAACUGGAAGGUGCGGCGCUUUGUUCUGAGAAAGGAGCCGGCUUUCCUGCAUUACUACGACCCUUCCAAGGAAGAGAACCGGCCAGUGGGUGGGUUUUCUCUCCGUGGUUCACUGGUGUCUGCUCUGGAGGAUAAUGGCGUUCCCACUGGAGUCAAAGGGAAUGUCCAGGGAAAUCUCUUCAAAGUGAUUACUAAGGAUGACAUACACUAUUACAUCCAGGCCAGCAGCAAGGCUGAGCGAGCUGAGUGGAUUGAAGCUAUCAAAAAGCUAACAUGAUAAGGACCUGAGGAAACGGGACCAGGAUUCCUCCCUCCUACGGGAUACAGGCAGGAUGUCCUGGAGAAUGGGAAUGUGUUAAGACCUUUAACUUCUUUGUGUGUUUUGUACUGCUAUGGAGUGAGAUGGGCGAAGAGGUCCUUAGAUGGCAGUGGUGCUAUUUCCUUCCCCACCUUCAUGUUAACAACCUGGAAAUGCUAGAACAGGCAUUAGGCAUCAGCAUCUUGACUUUGGCCCAUCAGCACAGCCAGCCAUUCCUAGGGCACCAAAGUUUCCCUUGUUGUAACACUAACUGGACAUGUUGUAAACUAAAUAAAACGCUAGUCUCACGGCAGCUCUGAAAUGCUGUUAACAAUUCUUACCUCCUCCUUUGGAAUUAAUAAAAAUUGACAUUUGUUUCUAUUAGAAUUCCUGUGCAAAGUUGCAUAGUUUUCAAAGGUUUCCCAUGCUUGAGGCUAUAUGAAUUAUUAUGCAAGCUGAGUAUGAAAACAUCUCAUGUGAUCUGUGUCACUAAGACAUGCUUCAUCUUAAAGUGAGGAUGGUGGCAAAACUUUGGCUCAACAUUCAGAGAAUACUGUUUUGCUUUGAAAAGUAAGUCUGCAUAAGUAUUAUAUUGCAGAAAAGAAAUCAUGGACUCAGUUGGAAAGAUCAGUCACACAUAUGGAAAAAGAAGAUAAAAUGACAGCUUUUCUAUGAAAAAUGGCAUUUGGAAAGAGAUGCAGAGCAGGAGCUGCUAGAGGACAGGAGCAGGAACUCUCUAGACAGAGAAAGAUGUAAAUGGGAAAAGAAUUAAAUCAAGGCAUGAAAUUUUGGUUUUAAAGUGAACAGUAACUGAGACAAAUAAGUACCAAGAGGCUUCACCAGUUAGGAGGUUAAUCUGAAGUAGUGAAAAGUCUGUAUCAUACAAAUCUUUAAAAAUAUUUUUAUUACUUUCAAGUUUAUACAGUAAUCUGGCACAAGCUACUCCCAGCAUUCUUGCCAAGCACUUAGACUGCCUUUAAUGAAUAGAUAUGUAACUUACACUUAAGGGGAGUAGAUACUUCCAAGGUACGUAAGUAAAAAUUUGUCCUCUUAAAUAGUUUGAACUGUCUCCUCUUAAUCUUGUUUAGAAUACCUGCCCUGAAUGAUCAGGAAUUCCAAGUUAAUGAGGUUUUACUUUAUUCCUUACACUGUAAGAGACUGCCUUUUAAAGCACCAUUUUCCAUUUGGCAUUUCACCAAGGUCUAAUGUCCCUGGAAUUAGUUUCUUUAUUGCUUUUUAAAUUAUCAACAGGUGUUUUUUGGAAUUAAACUGUAUUUGGUUUGAUGGCUUCUUGACUCCAAAUUGGCACAACUGCAUCUACUCUGUAUAGGAGACACCAGAAUCUUCACGCAUUGAAAAGUAAAUGACCAUCAGCUUGAGGCAAAUCAGGGAACAACUCUCACCAAGAUACUAGCACCUGAAUUUUUAAAAAUCCUGAACCAUUUUCAUUUAAUUGUCCUUGAUGUAAAGGUAGGGAGCUAGGUCAAGAGUGUCUGGAAGCACGGCAACUGUCACAACUGCACUGCUCAGCAUGAUGCAGGGCUGAGCCCACCUCUGUAGGUUCCCACUCAGUGGCUGAGCGUUAUCCACCUAAGUACUGGUUUGUCCUGUUUUCCUAUAAAACAUGAAAAACAGUUUGAAUGUUUGUAUUUUUUCUUGGCAAUUUUUUAUUUCAAUUAAUUUAUGCAUAAAUGAGAACCAAACUAUUGCUAAUCUUCAGUUAUAUGAGUUGAUAACCACUUGACCUCAAAAGCAGAAUGGGGAAUAGACGAAAUUAAUUUUUAAUGAAGAAGCUUUUUAGGGAGAGAGUCAAGAUUUGGAUAAGCUGGUCAGUUGUCUUAGUCAAUCUGUCCUUCGAGUUAUUUGGAACUGGGUGUGUAUCCUGUCCCCAUAGUGGAAAGGGAUACUUUUAGGUCAGCAGGAUAUAUUUAUACUUUGAGUUAGUUUUCUCUUUUAUGGUGUCAGUGAGGUAUUGAUCUCUUCUCUGGCAAGGGUCAUAAAUUUGUGAAAU